AUGGCAGGGAAGCAGAUUGUGAUUGACGGUAAAAGUCACCUCGUGGGUCGGCUGGCUGCGACGAUUGCGAAGCAGGCGUUGGCCGGCGCGGAGAUUACGGUGGUGCGUUGCGAGGAGUUGCACAUUUCGGGUCCGUUGUACCGGAACCGGCGGAAGUUUAUGGAGUUCAUGAACCUGCGUUCGAACUCUAACCCGCGCAAGCACUCGCACAUCCACUACCGUUCGCCAGCGUUGAUGUUCAAGCGCGUGUGCCGUGGCAUGUUGCCCCAUAAAACCGCGCGUGGCACCAGUGCUCUUGCCCGCAUUCAUACCUUCGAAGGCUGCCCCACCAAGCUCGAGAAGGCCAAGAAGGUCUGCGUGCCCGAUGCCCUCAAGAACAUCCGCAUCAUGAACACCAUGCCCACCACUCGCCUUGGCGACCUCGCCACCUCUGUCGGCUGGCGCUACGCCUCUAACGUCGAACACCUCGAAACCAAACGUAAGGCAGCCGGCGAAACUUACUGGGUCAAGAAACAGGAAACCCAGGCUGAGUUCCGCGCUAAACGCGAGGCCGUCGUCAACAACGCCCCCCAGGACAUCAAGGACGCACUCGCCCUACUCGAGUAA